AUGAUCUCGAGUCCGGACUCUUCCACAGGGCUGAAGUCGCCGGAAUUACACUCCCUAGAGCCACCGGACGGUCGCAUCGCUCACACAUUGACUGCCUGUACAAGCGAAAGUCCAGAUGCGAUCCCGGAAUUCCACGAUGUGCACCCUGCGAACGAAGCAAUGCCAAAUGCAGAGAAAGCCCGGGCGUUAGAAAGAGAGCUUGCCAAAGCUGAGAAGGAGAUCAAACAUGCUGCCGAUGCUGAGCUGAUGGUACGGGGGGCCGGGCGCAUCCGGUUUAAGGAGAAUGAUGAAGCACGAUACCUGGGUGCCUCGAGUGGUAUUGCCAUGACUCGUUUGGUCAUGGAGAUGGCAAAGCAAAACACCGAUUCUAAGAGCAUCAAGGAUGUGGUCCCCGAAUUCACCGCACAAGAGAUCAAAGACGCAUUUGCCGAAGAGGACUCAAAGCCGACAUCCAAAGUCUAUCCCAUGAUAAGCUCGAUCCCACAGCCCAACCUACCACCAAAGGCCCUGACCUAUAAAUUAAUUGAUCUCUUUGUGGCUAAAGCACAAGCACUACUUCCGAUCCUACACGAGCCCACAUUUCGACAAGAGGUAGAGGAGGUCUUCAAUGGCUCUACGGAUCCCUGCAAAAAUUUCCAAUUGCGGAUGGUCAUCGCCAUCAGCAUGCAGAAAAUGAGUACCGAAUAUGCUGGCCUCGCUGAUAGUUAUUAUCUUGCGGCCUUGCCCUACCUCGAACCUACGCUGAAGCGAUUGGAUUUAGGGGCUCUACAGUGCCUCGUGCUCAUUGCCUCAUACUCAAUGGUAACGCCUACUCGUACGGCUGCGUACUGGGUCGUGGGGACGGCUGCCAAACUUUGUCAGGACUUGGGAUUGACCGAAGAAGCCACCGUCACAAAAUCACGGUGUGGGAAACCAUUGAAUCCCCUGGAGAUUGAUAUGCGUCGGAGGUUAUUCUGGAUCGUCUCAUCAAUGGAGUUCGGUCUUUCUCAUAGUCUAGGCCGAUGCAGCAGCUACUGUGUCAGCCAUGACCAUAUCAAUGUGAAAUUCUUUGAACUAGUGGACGACCGGUACAUCACCGCUGAGGGGAUCACCCCUGGAGCGAAACCCGUUUUAGCAAAGUGUAUUGCAGUUCACUUUUUCAAAAUGCGACUACUUCAAUUGGAGCCUAGGAGGAUGCUCUACUCGAACAGACGAGAGAGUCCGCUUGAUGAUCAAGAUCCAUGGUUCUCUCAAAUGUUGGCUAAAAUCGACCAUUGGAUGGCCACUACUCCUAAGAACGACGAUGGCAGUGGGCUCAAUGUGAAAUGGUUUCAAGGAAGACGGAACACUAUGAUAGUUCUCAUGUACCGUCCCUCGCCGCAAAUCCCCGAACCAACCGUUGGUGCCGCCAAAAUCUGUUACGAGGCGGCCAUUUCCAAUAUCGCUAUGCAUAAAGAACAGAUGAUCACCGGAUCUGUCGAUCUCACAUGGGUGUUUGUACAAGCUCUGUUCAUGGCUCUAAAUACUGUUCUCUGGACCCUCUCCUAUCCCGAAAUUCGAAAGGAGCACACCAUCGAGGAAGUCCAAGGGCAUCUGGACACGGCCUUUGAAGUCAUCGUAUUUUCCGCCGAACGUUGGCCUGGAGUUCAAUCCGCCUUCCUUCUUUACAGGCGCCUUGUUGCUGCGUGCUUGAAAGCGUACAGGACAGAAGAAUCAUUUGUUGUUCACUCUCCUUCUAACCAUCCUACGCCAACCUCCUCACAAGGGGUCACGAGCCCUCCAGCGAUGUCCAGCCCGUCAACCAGUACGACCGCUUCAUAUUGUUCCAACAACUACCGUGGUGGCAACUUACCAGUUGGUGAUACCGCCUCGAUCGUAGCCCCUGGACCGUCAAAAGAAUCAGCAAUGCCAUCGGUUUCCUCCGCAUUUGGCAUGCACCCGCCACUUACAGCUCAGAGUGCGGCGCCACAAUACACUCCAGAAGCCUACGUUGGGCCGACGCUCUACCACGAUGUAUCGAUCGACCCGAACACCCCUUACAACACAAUACCUUCAGUUGUUCCCGGCCUGCAAGGCUGGGACCCUAACUUCUCACUUGCCUCAACGACAGCGGGUUAUUUGGCAUACACCGAUGCGACCGUCGAUCCCAUGAAUUGGUCCAACUCCAUUGGAGAUCAGUACUCUCAGUACUUCCAUGAGCCAUUUCCAGUACCUUCAUGGCGUGAGCGCACCCUCAGCCAACAAGAACAAAUCGAGCUUCUGGCUUCCCUUGAACACAAUAUACCCGAUGUAUCUGCCCAACUUGUUAAUGAGUAUAAUGCUUACUAUCAGUCCUGA